AUGUGUACCGAAAAUAAAGAAAAAAAAGUAGAUAUGGAACUUGAAGCCACUAUGAGUGAUACUUACCUUACAAUCAAAAGUAUUCUUCGUAUUAUGAAAACUAAUAAAGAUACUGCGUUCCAGUCAGUGUUGGGCACUGGACUAUGUCCAGUUUCAAAAACUAGAACAAACUGGACUGGACA